AUGGGCCGCAACACCUAUACCCCCAGCCGUGCCGCCUCCCCGAGUGUUCGCGCCCCAUCUCCUCAACCUCCCCAGCCUGCCUUUGCACAGCCUCAAUCCGCCUCCCGCCCACAAUCCCGCGCAGCAGCCAGCUCUCGCGCUCCAAGCCCACAACCAGCCUUCCGCCAAUCGUUCGACGAACGUCCGUCCAGUUCUCGCAGCAACAACAUGUCACUCGCACUCUCCACUGCAGGCAGCGAGCGCGGCGACGGCAGCGUUUACGGCGGCAGCAUCCGUGGGCGUGCAGGUACCGCGCCUCGACCACAGAGUUCGUACUAUGGUGGCGGUAGCAGUGGAAGCUUGUAUAAUGGCGGAUCCGGGAGCUCCGUGCGUGCGGAGAGUAGAGUCAGGAGUCAGAGUUUGGCCGAGCCGAAGAAUUAUAAUAGCCAAGGGAGGGAGAUUCUGAAUUACUCACGAGCCAUGUACUCUUAUACCGCCCAGAUACCCGAGGAACUCGGCUUUCAGAAAGGAGAUAUUCUUGCCGUCUUGCGGUUGCAAGAUGAUGGCUGGUGGGAGGCGGAGGCGGUGGGCAAACAGGGGAGACCAGGACUGGUGCCAAGUAAUUACCUCCAGGCGUGUUAA